UGUCUUUGGUGGGUCGUAUCUUCACGACGAUAAAAGUAAAAGCCCUUGAAUUUACAUUGUAGAUUACUCACAGUCAGACCUACCAUCUAUAAAAAUUUCAUUCAUUUUGAUCCAGCCAAAGUCAAGCUUUUCUUGAAAUACUGCCCACGACGGAAUCUAAAAAACUGAUACUGUAUAACGGUCAGUAUUUCAAGAAUAACUCAAGUUUGGCUAGAUCAAAAUGAACUAAACUUUUAUGGAUGGUAGGUAUAACUGUGAAAAAUCUACAAUAUGGAUUUAAGGGUCUUUGCUCUUAUCUUCAUGUAGGUACGGCCAUCCGAAGACGGAAAAAUGAAAUUUCGUAACGUUCAACCACUUCAAAAAAAAUAACUUGGAAAAACGUUUUUCGAUAUUUUCACCAAUGAAGUGUUUUCUUUGAGUUGAUACAAAUUGAGGCCAAUUUCUCUUGGGUGAUAUCUUAGAUGUUACACUUCUAAAUUAUAUCGUCAACAGCCAUUCACCUUUAAAUCUGGCAAAGAUAAUAAUAAAUAAAUACAAAUGGGGCCGAUACUUAUGGAGUACCCUCUAUCUCUCAAACAUUCUUUCAAUUCAAUGUGAACAUUGCUUUAGGUAGUAGACAACGUGUCGGUGGUAAACACUCGACAGAUGAAUUGCACCUCACACAAGAGCAGCAGCAUCCAGGAAUGAAUCCUGAUCCUGCUGAGCGUGGCAAAGAGUUAGGCGAAGAUAAUGCCUAUGGUGGUUACAGUGUAGGCACGGGUGGUCACGGCACAAGCAGCGGGUGUAGCAGCCGACAACGUAUCGGUGGUGAGCACUCGACGGAUAUGUUGCAGUUCACCGAAGAGGAACUACAUCCUGGCAUGGAUUCCGAUCCGGCAGCGCGAGGUGCCAAAUUGGGCCGUGAAAAUGCGCAAGGUGAUCAUAGUGUGGGCACCGGUGGACAUGGAGCGAGUGAAGCCAAAAUUUUGCAAGCGACAAACGAGUGA